GCAAACACGACCAACCUUCACACCAAACAAGGGAGUUGCCAACCUCCUUGUUUUAUGUAGCACAAUGAUGCUCCUCGUCAUUAUGCAAAGCAUGGCGCCUGUCCACUCACAUAUGUGUGUCUUUAAUCCUAGACAGAGAGGAGGUUUGAAUAUUUCAGACUUUGGUGAUCCGACCUGUUUUAAAUUUAAAGGUCCUUGUGGUUCUUUACCAAGUGGUCCAGUCCAAGCAACUUUCCAAAGAGGUAAAACCUAUAAUAUCGACCUUCAACAAAAUUUGAAUCACUACAGUGUUGGUCAUCCUGGAUGGCUUGACGUUUCAGUUGCCUCAGGUGAAAAUCCUGAUGACUCUCAAUUCACUGUUCAAAGUGUUUUGACUGAUUAUUUCCCUGUCAGACAAUGGACAAGAACCAAUUUAUCAAUUCCAUUAUAUUUGAAUCCACAAGGUACAACUGGUAGACAUGUUAUCAGAGUUCGUUACAAUCCAAACAAGCCAACUGAACCAAUUUUCCAUCAAUGCAUUGAUAUCAUGAUUACUCCUGCAUCAUCUAAGAGAAUUGUUAUGGCUAGCCAUAUUGAAAAGAAGCAAGCAGUUGAAUUCCAUCCAGAAGGUCAAAAAUUCUUUGCCAAGACUAGAUCUAUCAAAGCCACUCAAGAAAUGGUCUUUGGUGUCGUUCAAAAUCAAGAUAGCUCUGCAUCUUUGGUUGGUAUCGAUAUCUUGUCUGGUCAAGUUGUUCCUGUAUUGAAUUGGAAUGACCUAUCAGUUAGUGAUUCUCAAUUAUACUCUUCUGGUGCUCCAAGAAAAGUUUCUGGUAGAAUUAUUAACUCUGUUACUGCCGUAGAUAAUUCCAACAAGAGACUCUUCUACUUGUUCAGUGAUGAUUCGUCUCCAAUGCAAACUGAUUUGCAAAAUUCUCCAGCCAACAAAGUCUUUGUCUAUGAACAUGCUAAACAAUCCUAUGAUAUUCUCAAGAUUAACAUUACCAAUGUUCAAUUCAAUGCUACUGUCGUCAUUCCUUCAUUGGUCAUUUCUGGAUUGUUCUAUGAAUCCAAUACUAAUACCCUCUAUGCUACUGCAUUGUUUGCCCCAGAUGUCAAUAAUAAGUAUACUUAUUAUUUGGGUGUUUUCAGUUUGACUGCUAAUGGAGCAUACUUGUCACCAAAACUUGUUGCCUUGUCAGCUCCUUUGGACUCGUAUGUUGAUUACUUGUGGACUUCAUAUGAUGCCUCAACCAAGACUGUUUCAGUUUUGAUUAGACAUGAAGAUGAACCAGUUAAAUUGCCACAAAAAUUAUUCUCAGUUGUUUUGGGUAGUUCUGCCUCCAUUCAAUCCAUUGAUUUGGAUCCAACUCAAUUCGUUUACUCUUCAAUUCACAGUUAUAAGGCUCAAUUAUUUGCCUUCUCACCAGGUAAUGCUCAAUCAAGUCUUCCUUCAUCUGGAUCAAAUACUUGGAGUAUGAUUGGCGUUGAUAGAGCUUCAGCUAAUCAAGAAGAAAUUAAUCAAAUGUAUGAUUAUCAAAAUUAUUUGGGAGGUGGAAUUACUAGUGCAGUUUCUAAUACUGGAAGAGGAAUUUACAAUAUUAUGCAUUCUACUGAUGGCAAGGAUCAAAUUCUUGUUCGUGUUGCUCUUAAGGCUAUUCCAAUUGGUCCAAUCAGUGAAAUUGCACACAUUCCAAUUCAAACUAAGGUUUACAAUUGGGCAAGAAUGGAUAUUUAAAUUCUUUUUGAAAUUUAAACUCGAGUUUACAAUAAUAAAUAUUAAAAUAUUAAAAAAUUUAUUAAAUAUU